CUAAACGAUUCUGCUCAUUCGGUCGAUAUUAAUGGAUUCAAAUUUCUGCACAAGUAUAGGCAAAAUAGAACUGGAGGUGGGGUAGGGCUUUAUAUUUCAAACGAUCUAGAGUUCAAACUUCGAGAAGAUUUGUCCCUCCAUAAUGUUGAUACUGUAGAAUCACUGUUCAUUGAAUUAAUAAGACCUCGAGAAAAAAAUAUAAUUGUUGGUAUUGUUUACAGACCGCCAAAUCAUAGACUCGACGAUUUCUUGUCUACAAACAAUGAGUUGUUAGGUAAUAUCUCUAGAGAAAACAAAAUAUGCUUCCUAAUGGGGGACUUUAAUAUUAAUUUAAUUAACUACCAAAAUCACCACCUCACAGGCCAAUUCUUAGAUGGAAUGUACUCUAAUAUGUUUUUUCCUUUGAUUACGCGUCCCUCGAGAAUUACUUCACAUACUGCUACGUUAAUAGAU